GUCAGGAACAGGGAAAUGAAAAAGCAGUGUUGCAGGGAACAUAAGCAGCAUCCCCAUUUCUUUAAUUGUGAUGCUUUGCAUGCAAGAUGAGCUUGUUGGUAAACACAUGACAUGCACAAAGGGUGGCUCUGGGCCUGGGGCAGUCUGGAUCUGUAUAAAAGCCAGUCCAACUUUAGGCUCCUCAUCUACUUCUCUUGCCUUCUCCUCUUUGGUGAACAGGUGAACCUCCAUCCCGCAGCCAUGUCCUGCUACGACCUGUGCCAGCCCUGUGGCCCAACCCCUCUGGCCAACAGCUGCAACGAGCCCUGUGUCAGGCAGUGCCAGGACUCCCGGGUGGUGAUUCAGCCCUCUCCUGUGGUGGUGACCCUGCCCGGACCCAUCCUCAGCUCCUUCCCCCAGAACACCGCUGUGGGAUCCUCCACCUCCGCUGCUGUUGGCAGCAUCCUGAGUGAGCAGGGAGUGCCCAUCAACUCCGGGGGCUUCAGCCUCUCUGGCCUUGGUGGCCGUUCCUACAGCAGAAGGUACCUGCCCUGCUAAAGCCGGGCUGGACGUCCAGAGCUGCAUCAAGCCAAGCCAUGUGCCGGAAUGAGGACUUUUCUGCUGGCCAGGUUUUCUGGAGGGGUUGAUCACUGUCUUGCCCUUCUGCAAGGGAUGGGGGAAGCACAGUGCCAGCCUGUGCUGUCUGGAUAUACGGCCGACAGAUGUCUUUUUCUUCUUCUCCACAUCAUGAGUCUCUGUUUUCUCAUGCUGUCCUGUACCACGAGAUCAUUCUGAAACAAGCUGAGUGGCUCAUCAGCUUCGCCCAAUGUGUGUAGGAACUAAGACGUGCAUCCAAUUGCUGUGAAAUGGUGCCUGUCAGCUGCCCUUGUAGCAGCCCGCAUCAGGUCCUGUCCUGCAUGCCCUUCCUUGUUUCAUGCUUCAAUUUCAUUAAAAUUUAUGUUGCAUUGUAA